GCGCACCGACGGAGCGGACAUGGGCAAAGCGAUGGUGGCCAGGCUUGGACUGGGGCUGCUGCUUCUGGCACUGCUCUUACCUACGCAGAUUUAUUCAAAUCAAACAACUGUUGUAACGCCUUCAAGUAAUUCCUCCCAGCAUACCUCAGCUGCCCCCAAUCCAGCGAAUGCCACCACCAAGGCAAGUGACGGUACUCUGCAGUCAACAGCCAGUCUCUUGGUGAUCUCGCUCUCCCUUCUACAUCUCUACUGUUAA